AUGUCGUAUGGUCCUCGCCCAACGAGCGGGCUCAUGCGACCAUCAUCAGGGCUGGGGCAAGUCUCGAAUAGCCAAUCCUCGGCACUACACGCGCGCAUCAACGAAAAGAAGCUGGAGUUGGAGAGCCUGAAGCAAUUACGUGACCUAUCCGCAGGCCUUGCUGGGCAGAUGCAGCAAUUGGAGGAGAAGCUGCAGACAUUGAGUGAUGGAACGGAAGCAGUUGCGCACGUGAUGGCGAAUUGGAAUACCGUGUUGCGCGCAGUUCAUAUGGCGAGCACCAAAAUUCCGCAAGCAAAAGACUCAGCACACGAGCUGGUCGAAGAAGGGAAGCAACAGCUACCGCAAACUCUGGUCCGCAUUCCCAUUUCACAGGCCGAAGCCGCGCAGAAAGAGCAGCAGCAGAAGGGAGAGACUGGAGAAUGA